AUGCAACUCAUUAACUUCCCAACUAUUCUUCUCCUCGCCGCUUCUAUCUUGUCAACUACAGCUCUUCCUAUCGAGUACGUUCACUCGUCAUAUUAAUCCCAUUAUUGACUAACAAUCAACUAGAUCCGAAGCUGCAGCACUUGAAAACCGCGGCCUUUUCGGCAAACCGCCUCCUAGUAAUCCAACCAUGCUAAAUGGCAUCCCAAUGCCUAAAGAGGAAAACAAAUUCUGGUACUGGCUCAACGGCAUCCCAUUAUCUCCCCGACCCAAAGAGGGACCACCAAAACACCCUACCCCGAAACAAGCACCGAUUCAAAAGCGCCUCACGAACCCCUUUGCCAAAAAGACUGCUCCGAAACUAGUGGCAUCCCGGUUCCUGCUCAGAAAAGCAAGUGGUCGUAUAUAAGGAGUGGCGUCCCACUUGCUCUUCGACCAAGCAGGAAGGCAUACGCCAAGCCAGCGAAGCGCGCUCUGCUCGCCGAUGCGUUGAUAAGACUUGGUUUGAAGAGUAAGCCUAAGGCCAGACCUGGGACUCCGGGGUUCAUCAAUGAACAAGCUGCGGCGAGAGCUUAUGCUGCGAAAGCUGCGAAAGCUGCUCAGAAGCCGAAGGGGCUUAAGAAAAUCUUUGGUAGAGAUGGGGAGAUGAAGUCUGAAGGUGAGAACUUUGAGGGCUGAGAGAUGCUGUUGAGGAUAAGGAUGAGGAAGAGACUGUCGAGGGCGAGGAGGAAGUUGCUGAGGGAAAGCAGAGCGAUGCUCCUGAGCUUGAAUGGAGGAAUAGCAGAGCUUAA